ACUAUAAAAGCUACGACUAUUCGCUGAGCAAAACAUAUCAGUUUGUCAUCCACAAGCAACAACAACCCCCCCCAAAAUCAAUCAAGAUGUUCAAGUUUUUCGCUCUCUGCCUGUUCGCCGUCGUCGCUCUGGCUGCCGCCAAGCCUCAGUUCUUGGCCUACAGCUCUCCCUAUGUGGCAGCCACGCCCUACGCUGCCGCCUACACCAGCGGUGUCUACGCCUCUCCCUACACCGCAGCUUACACCAGCGGAGUCUAUGCCUCGCCCUACGCUUACAGCGCUUAUCCCUACAGCUCACUGUACCUGAGACGUUGAGGAUCGCUUGUCGAACGUUUUUGAAGUCACUUAAUUGCGAGUGACUACUGUAACACUUGUUGACGACCUAAUGAACCCCUUAAUAAAACGAAACCAAAAGA